UUUCUUCUCAGUUCUUGAUCUUCACCCAUCGGUCUCUAAGGAAUGGACCCUCAGUUACCCCAAAGCUUGGAGGAAUACUCCGCUUCCUCGACAACCGUAAAAUUCAACCGCCCAAUUCCGUUACUACGGGGCCCCAUCCUGGCUGGGACUUCCGACGACCUGUCAUACGGUCCAUAUAUCCUCGCCUUCAAAGACCUUCCUUCCUGGGCCGCCGCACACAAAUCCUGCGAGUCCAAAAUCAUAGCUCAAUGCGAGGAAGGUGCUAGAAUCGGGUGUGCCAUCACUGCUUCCAGCAAGUGCAAACCACCCUGGUGGCAGUCCCUCACUGGCUGGAAAUCGAUGGACUUAAAGGAGAGGGAGCGCUGCGAAGACCGUGAAAUGGAAGACUGUUUGGUUGCCGCCAAGGAAAAGUGCAUCGGCUUCGCCAAGGAGCGAUGCACGGCGCCGUUUUUGGAUGCCAGAAUCGCGUUGGGAGAGAGUGACCUAAUGAAUAAAGUGGUCGGGAGGAUGGUACACGCAGCGUCGAUGCCGGAGGGAAGCAAAUGGGGCCAUUUGAUCGGGUCGGAUAGUUUGGGAGGACCCGAACCAAGGGUUACUAGUUGCAGAGCCAGCCAGUAUCUGGGCUCUACUGCUCAAUUGCACUUACCCUCGUCAUAUAGCACUUACCCUCGUCAUGGAUAUUUUAUGCCUUUGACUUUUAUAUUCUUGGAACAGCGUCCUGUAGCGUACAUCCCAAAUUAA